AUGGGAGGCGACUUUAAUCUGGUAAUGGAUGUUCAGAAAGAUAAAAAAGGAGGAAAAGUGACCGAGCAUAGUAAUUCGCUAAAAGAAGUUCAGAACAAAGCGAACUCGCUAGACUUGGUAGAUGGGUGGCGAAUCCUUAAUCUCGACGCUGAGCGUUUCACCUGGAGGAGAACGAAACCUGAAGUAACGUGCUAUACACUGUCCUCUCGACUAUUUUCUGAUCAGCUCAAGCUUAACCACCGCAAUCACAAAUGCCGAUAUUUUAAAGGGGUAUAAGACCGAUCAUUCAGUCAUUACAAUCCACGUUGCUAAUAACCAUAACCCCAGAGGCCUGGGCUUCUGGAAACUCAAUACAUCUUUUCUGUUGGACAGCGAAUAUACUGAGUUAAUUAACAAAACCGUUGAUGAAGUUGCAAAGGAGUGCCGAAACAACGAUGAUGUAGAUGCUGUCCUCCUCUGGAAGAUGCAGAUUUGA